GAUAGAAAAUAGAAAAAAAAAAAAAAAACAAAAGGAAAAUAGGAGGAGACAGUGGUGAGGAGAGAGAAAAUCAAUGGCGUCGAUUGUCAGGAACACCUUCAAGGCGAUCAAGGAGAAAGGUUUGGGCAACUUCCUUCGCGAGUUCAGAGAAGAAGGUUAUCUGAGAUGUCUACCGGACGGCAACCUUCUGCAAACCAAAAUCCACAAUCUUGGGGCAAAGGUUGUGGGCGUUGAUCAAUAUGGAAAUAAGUACUAUGAGAAUAUGAAUGUUCAAUAUGGGAGGCACAGGUGGGUAGAAUAUGCGAGUAAAAAUCGCUAUAAUGCUUCUCAAGUGCCACCAGAAUGGCAUGGCUGGCUUCACUACAUCACUGACCACACCGGGGAUGAGAUUCUUAUGCUAAAGCCGAGCAGGUAUGCCAUUGACCACAAGGAGAACUUCACUGGAGAGGGUGAUGAAAAAAUUUACCACUCCAAAGGCCACACUCUCAACCCUGGGCAAAGGGAUUGGACCAGGUACCAGUCAUGGCAACCGGGCAAGAGCUAAACUAUCUUGUGCUCAUUUUUGCUUGGCGAGGUUUUUUUCUCCUGGCAAGCUACCUCAUGUGAUGAAUAAUGUCCUGUUAUGCUCGGAGCUACUAUGGUCAAAUCUCAAAUGUUUGCUGUAACUAUAAGCAUAAACCAGGCAAAAUUGAAAACUCUGAUUAUGUUGUCAUUUUUAUGUUUCAACGCGAUUUAUUGUAUGUGAACCUAGUCUUUUUCUGUUUCAAUUCUGUAUUGCAAUUUGUUCCUCGUGGUCAGGAUUUUUCAAUGUAAAAGCCUGCGUUAUGGCCACCUCAAUUCUUUUCCCAUGACUCGAGAAAAUAUAAAUUUCAUGUGUUUAGAAGAAAAGGAUGGAUAUGUUGUUA